AUGGAGCAAGCGAGCAGCGCGCAGGCCGAGCUUAGCCUCGAGCUCACCCUGGCCGCCGACGUGGGUGUGGUGCCGGCGGAGGCAGGCUUUUUCCUCUGCGUCUACUGCUACCGCAGGUUCCGCACCUCGCAGGCACUCGGCAGCCACCAAAACGCGCACAAGCAAGAGCGCGCCGUCGCUAAGCGACGCCGGGAUGCCGCCGCCGCGAUGCGCCCCUCCCCUGCCAGGAAGGCUGCUGCUCGAAUGCCGGAGGAGCCUGCUGGUGGUGUCAUGGCGCACAAGGACGGCAGCAGCUGCCGGGAGAGCGACCCCGAGCUGGACUUGUCUCUCCGUCUGUAA